AUGGCUGAACCACCUGAUCCUAGGCCGUCUCUGCCGCUCAUUGAACGGCAAUCAUUAUGCCUCCCUAGCGUUGAGCCCGGUGUGCCAGCCCAAUACGGAGAAGAUGGGUUUCUUCAGAACCUCGCAAGGCAUUUCCCAUCUCCUGAGAACAAUGCCCUUGAGAAGUUGGUGCAGCUAAAGCGAGAACUCAAAAUGGCGGACACCGAAUCAUUCUGGAAAAAGCUGAUGGAGGGCAUGACGGAGAUUUGCCAUGCGCAAUACGGAUUUGUUGCAAAGCGGAUACUGUCAGACGACCACCAUUCGGCGGUAGAAAUGCCCCCGUUUGGCGAGUCAGGCUCAUGCCUUCUGGGUGUUGCUUUCUAUUACAACGACGGCGACAGGCAGAAAGCCAUGCAUCGUGACUACAAGUAUCUUGCUUGGGGUUCGCCCUGUGCCUACAUGAAGCACGACAAAGUCUUCCUGAUCCCGGAGCACAUGAGUUCGUUCAUUACUCAUAAUCCUAAUGCCCUUCCUUUCCCUGCAGAAGGCUACAUUGGGAUUCCCUUGUUUGCAGAAGGGAAGUGCUUUGCCCAUUUCGGUAUGAUGUGGACACAAGAAGGUCUUGACCGGCGCGAGACUACCUGGAGUUACACGGAACUCCUGCUGCAUUCGUUGGAGGACAUGAUCGUCGAGCGUCUUUUGAGUGGCCAGGGGUUUGUAAAGCCUCGGAAUCGAAGUACCAACACAGCCAGGCUGACCCAUGUCAUCCCGCGUGAAGCCGUCACCCCUGGGACCCAGUCCCUCAAGCCAUAUGCGAAAAGUCUGUCUCAUGAAUUAAGGACGCCAAUGCAAGGGGUAGUUGGAAUGCUGGACGUUAUGCAUGCAACGGUACAGGAACAGAUUGAGGGUGUCUCGGAUAUUUCUCUGCGCCAGGUAUUUCGGGGUCUACGAGAGAAUAUCGAGACCAUCCAAGACAGUGCGAAACGAGCCGUUGAAGCUGCUGAUAAUGUCGUCCAUGCCUACGACAUGAAUAUGCAAAUUCCCGAUACUCCCUCGAAUGAAAACGAAUCCCCAGCAGCCACAUCCACAGGUUACUUUGAUUACAAACCUCCUAGGCUGAUUGAAGGGAGUGAUAUCCAUUUCAAUCCCUACAAGCGACGCCGAAGUAGUCCGACAUCCUGGCAAUUCGGUAACGCCACUAAGAUGCGACAACUUGGAUCAUCACAUCGUGUUGACGUCUCUCCUAAGAGUAACACAGGCAAGUUUCCAACCCCACAAACGCUUUCUUCAGAUGAACGCGUCCCCACGAUCAUCACUCCCGUACAGGAUUGCAACACACCUGGGGAUCUGCCUACGCCUUCAACCAAGCUAUCGUCGACAGAAAGUGACCCGUUACCAACACCAGGGUUAAAACACUGUCGGAUUCGAACUCUGAUACCCUUGGUGAUCUACGACUCUCUACGCGUCGGAGGCAGGCCCGAUUCGGCUAUCGGAGAACCCACUGAUUUGGGCGAAAGAAUCGUGGUGAGGUCGCGCUCAUCAAAUGGCCAUAUUUCCCAGAAAAUCAUCGAAUGGUCAGUGGCUGCAGAUGUGCCUGAGACUAUAUUCGCAGACGAACGCGACUUGACCAAAUUGGUAUCGGCUGUGCUGCUGAACGCCAUCAAGUUCACAGAGCAGGGCAGCAUUACUUUGCAUGCCCGACUUUCAAAGACGCACCGAUUCUUGAUUAUCAAGUGCAAGGAUACCGGCGAUGGGAUUCCAGAAGACUUUCAACCCGAGUUAUUCAAACCAUUCUCGCGAGAAGACGACUCGUUGACCAGGUCCAAGGAAGGCCUCGGCCUUGGUCUUUUAGUUGCCAAAGGACUGGCGCGUCGUCUUGGUGGCGACAUCGUCCUCGUGGCUUCAGAGGUGUCGGGCCCAAACAAAGGUUCGGAGUUCGAGAUUAAGGUGCCUUUUGAGCCUAACGAGAGCGCGACAAGUCGUUCUGGCACCCCUGGUAGUAGGACCCCAGAAGGCUCAAAAAGUGUCUCCCAACCAGCUACCACACUAGCACCUCCAGAUUCAUCGCCCAACGCCCACAAGCAUUCUCGACCCUCAAGGAUAACAAUGCCGUCGACUGAAGAAUAUAGCUCCCGUGGACCACGGACUCCAGCCCGGAUUAGCCCCCUCAAGAAGGACACGUACGACCGGCACCUGGCACAGAAGCAUCCUCUGACAUUCUUGGUUGCGGAAGAUAAUAAAAUCAACCGUAAAUUGCUGGUGAAUAUGCUCGGCAAGCUGGGCUACAAGGAUGUGCACGAAGCCUUUGAUGGGAAGGAGGCAGUGAGGAUUAUGCGGGAAAUACACAAUAGGGGACGAAGUUGCGGAAAAUCGAACGGGAAACGAUCCAACAAAAAGGUCGAUGUUGUCCUGAUGGACCUCUGGAUGCCCGAAAUGGAUGGUUACCAAGCAACCGAGCAUAUAUUGGAGAUGUUCCAACAUUCUCAAGGCGAGGAUGGACCCGACUGUGGCGGCAUGACUCCUCCCAUCGUCUUAGCUGUCAGUGCCGAUGUCACUGACGAGGCCAUUGACCGGGCGACAAAGACUGGGAUGGAAGGGUUCAUGACGAAGCCGUACAAGUUGGCUGAUUUACAGAAACUGAUUGUUGAAUUCUGCGUUCGAAGCGAAGGCGCUGUUUCUACCUCGGGUUGA